AUGACCACCUUCAAAACCGUUGCCCUUUUUGGAGCCAAUGGCCAAAUUGGCGAGGCCAUCCUCGACGCUCUGGUAAACUGUCAAAAACAACAGUUCGAUGUCCUCGCUUUCAUCCCGCCUGAGAGCUCACCACCAAGCGGCGCCGAUGCACGCAACGUGACCGUGCACGCCAUUGACAUCUUCGACAAGGACGCCGUCGCCCCAAAGCUCGAGGGCGUUGACGUGGUUGUCAGUGCCCUCAACGGCAAGGGCCUGGAUGCCCAGAUCGGCAUUCAAGACGCGGCGGCAGAGGCCCGCGUCAAACGCUUCUACCCUAGCGAGUACGGCAUGCACCAGAUCUACCGCAAGCCUAAUGACCCUAUGGGCUACGUUCAUCCGCUGUGGAACCAAAAGGCCCUCGCCAAUGAGGCCGCAGUGCGACAUCCGGCCGUUGCUCGUGGCGACAUGUCUUACACGCUGAUCGGCUGCGGCGACUUUUACAACCAGACGCGUGAGCCGGUGUGGUGCCCCUGGACGCAGAAGCUCGACGACGACACUAAGAGCUACACAUUCCACUUCCUCGGGUCAUCCGACGAAAGGGCGGAUUACACGCACACGGACGAUUUCGCGCGCUACCUCGUCGCGUCUCUUUGCGCGCCCGAGCUUUCAGAGAACGCAGAGCUGAACUUCCGGAGCGACUUUGUCUCGCUUCAAGAGAUUGGGCAGCGGUUGACCGCCCAUAGCGGCAAGAGCGUCGAGUUCGAGAAAGUCACUGAGGAGGAGAAGUGGAAGGUUGUCGAGGACCCGAGCAAGGCGCCUAAGGAACUGCAGGGGGGUGUGUUCCCGGUGGAUUUCUGGUUCCUCGUCAAGGGAAGUCAGGGUGAUGGGAAGUUCUGGAGGCCACCGGGUCAGAUUCACAACCAUCUUUUUCCAGAAGUUGAGGUCACCACUUUCGACAAGUAUUUCAAGCAGAUGUUUGGCGAGGAGGCCCGUCGUUGA